GAAAAUCAAACUCAGUUGGGUUUUGUACGUGUCGCGACUUAGUUACUACUUACGGAAGAGCGAAAAUAUUAAGUAAAAAUGCGCUUGACUAAUUUGUGGUUACUGCUGAUCCUGCUUGGCAUGAUUAGCUGCUCACUUGCCCUUCACGGUGUGUGCACAGCGAGAAAAGGCAAUCGACGUCUACGCGUUUGUUGUAAUGGAUACAAAAAAGUGGGAAAUGGGUGCAAACCUUUAUGCAGUCAGGGCUGUGAGAAUGGCAGUUGCAUCAGGCCGGAAGUGUGUGCGUGUAAACCUGGCUACGUCGAACAGAAUAAUUAUCGUUGCAUACCACACUGCAAUAAGUGCACGGGGGGCACCUGCAUUGCGCCGAAUGUAUGCAAGUGCAGUACCGGCUAUGCGCUGAACGCCACUGGCGUCUGUGAACCAGUUCUAACAACAACGCUAUUGGCGAACUCUUUUGAUAAAGACGACGAUAGCGAUGAUGACUUUGGUGAUAGCGGAAAAGGGAGAGGCGAAGCAAAGUAUCGUUGCAACCAUCGUUGUAUCCAUGGAACUUGUCACGGCGAUAGCUGUAUGUGCAACGAAGGUUAUGAGCAGCAGUCAAAGGAAGGCAAAAAUAUCUGUGUUGCCAUGAUACCUGCACGUACUGGAGUUCUGAAAUAUUUUAAUUAGAGGACCCGUCCAGGCUUUACGGUGGCUGACACAUUUAUAACACUAUUACUAUCAUCUAUAGUUCCAUUAGUUAUACUAUAAUUUUUAAUUAAUGAGAUAUAACAUUUUUGUGAAGCAAGUUAUGACAGUUUACAACAAAAAGGGAUAAUAAAGCAUUUCGUGUGUUAAUAA